UUUCGUAUUCAAUACGGAAUAUAAAGUUCCGUAUUAUAUUACUAUGUAAUCGACAGGGGUUUUUUCAAAACCCAUUUCAGCGCUCCAAACCAUUCCCAACCCUUGCUCUGCAAUCUUCGAGUUCGACGCUCUCCUUGCUUCAAUCAUCAUCUGGACAGGGUACCAUCGUCUCCAUCAUCAACCCCAUUCUCCCCAUUCAUUGCAUUGAACCUAGAGUGAGAAUGAAGAACAGAAAGAGGUCUCGAGCUAGUGAGGAUGCGGGGCCUACAGAGGAUAGACACCGGCGAUUACAUGCUUCUAGCCGGCGCGGCGAUCAUGCUGCGACCUCUCACGCGGUUGAGGCUUCAGCUCCAGCUCCAGUUGAUUCUAUGCAGUCGCCCAUGGUAGAGGCUUCAGCUCCAGCUCCAGUUGAGCCUACUGAUCCAGUUCCUACUCCGCCGUCUCCCAUGGUUGAGGUACCUCGCCAUGAGUCACCAGGCGAGGAGUCAUCAGGCGAGUCGUCAUCCGGCGAUGAGUCAUCCGGCGAUGAGUCAUCCGACGAGGAGUCAUCCGGCGAGGAGGGGUCAUAUGACGAGGAUAGUAUUCCUCCUCCUGAUGUUGAUGCUGAUGUCGUGCUAGAGGCACAGGGUGGCGAGGAGGACCUGAUCCAGAGGUUGCCGCCGUUUCCGGGGGGGCCUGUUGAUCUGUCGCUUCUCACGCAUUAUGCUGAUCACAAGGCUCCCUGGACGUGGCAUGCACUCCUACGCACAGACGAGCGGUAUGUGGACCGUCGACACUUGAGGGUGGCCACAGCUGGGGGGAAGGUUUGGAACCUUGCUUGUGAUGGUGAUUCAGACAGUCACAGGAGGGUUCGAGAGUUGAUUGAGCAGACGGGUCUUCAUCAGCUACCCUGGUGCAGCUACUCGGAGACAGAUGCAGGCCUCAUUUUGGCCCUUGUGGAGCGAUGGCAUGAGGAGACUAGUAGCUUCCACAUGCCGUUUGGGGAGAUGACCAUCACCCUGGACGACGUGUCGGCUCUUCUCCAUCUCCCAAUGGGGUCGAGGUUCUAUACGCCUGGGAGGGGGGAGAGGGACGAGUGUGCAGCGCUAUGUGCUGAGUUGAUGGGAGGAUCUGUUGCUCGUUAUCAUGCUGAGUUUGAUAAGAACAGGAGCCAGACUAUUCGCUUUGGGGUCUUGCAGACCGUGUAUGAUGCUGCGUUGGAGGAGCACCGAUAUGAGGACGCUGCACGGAUUUGGCUGGUGAACCAGCUAGGCGCGACGCUCUUUGCUAGCAAGAGCGGUGGAUACCACACGACCGUCUACUGGAUAGGUAUGUUGCAGGAUCUCGGUCGAGUGUCCGAGUACGCGUGGGGCGCGAUUGCGCUCGCUACGUUGUACGACCAGCUUGAUCGAGCGUCCAGGAGGGGGACGGCCCAGAUGGGAGGUUUCAGCUCACUCUUGCUAGGAUGGGCCUACGAGUACCUUUCUGAUCGCGUCAUUAUCCGGAGGGCGGAUCCGGAGUACUCGCAGGACCAGCCUAGGGCGCGGCGGUGGGUUAUGUCCCGGGUCGGGCAUGCAGGCCUCGAUGAGAGGCGAGUCAUGCUCGAUGAGCUGACGGUGGAUGACAUUAUAUGGACCCCAUUUGAGGACCAUCGGGCUCAUCGACCACGGGAUCAGAGGGCCAUGUAUUCUGGCUACAUCCGGACGCCAUUUGGCCGUGUUGUUCGACGACAUCUACCAGAGAGGGUUCUGCGCCAGUUUGGCUACAUCCAGGAUGUCCCUCGACACCCCUCCGAGAUCCAGACGACUGGGUCCCUUGCUGAGACCGCAGAUGCUGCCUAUGCUGAUUUUGUGCCGCACCUGCGCCCUCAGGGGAUCCCUGCUACUCAUUCGGGAGAGGCUGUGGAGGAGUACAUGAGGUGGUAUGGCGGUGUGUCCCAUCGGUUCAUCAUCCCUGAUGAUAGGAGGGAGGAGUUCAGUGCUGUGACGGUUGUGCGUCGGGUCGUGGACUUGUUGGAGCAGUCACUGGAGGUGCCAGAUGCUCUUGCAGUUGGCACGCAUGCCCGAUCCCUCACUGAGAGGGCGCUGGAUCUUAUUAGAUCCAGCGCAUUCAUCGGUACCCAGGGAGUAGCCUUUGCUGCUGUCCGAGGAGCUGGAGCUGCAGGAGGCAGAGGUCGUGGAGGUAGAGCGCGUGGAGGCAGAGCCCGUGGAGGCAGAGCCCGUGGAGAGGGUGCACCUGCAGAGGGCGCUCGUGGAGGCAGAGCUCGUGGACCUAGAGGUCGGAGGGGUGGCGGUAGGGGUGGCGGUAGGGGUCGGGGCGAGUGACUGUAUAUUUGUAUAUAUUUUUUUGUGUACUUUUAUAUUAUGACAUGUGACGACAUUGUAUGGACUCUUUUUAUAUUAACCACGCUUUCUAUUUCCACC